AUGUGGGGGUGGCGCUGAGAGAGCGGCUCCAUCUCCACAAGUCCCCUGCGUCGGAUCCGGAGUGCGUCAGGAGGCAGGAGUCUCAGCUGCCACCCGGACCCGGACCCGGACCCGGACCUGGACCUCUCCACCAUGAAGAGACAGAACGCCCGGACCCUCGCCCUCAUCGUCAGCAUCCUCACCUACCUGGUGGUCGGGGCGGCCGUGUUCGAGACCCUGGAGUCGAAGCAGGAGAAGAGUCACAAGCGGCGGCUGGACGCCAGGAGGCACGAGCUGAUGCGCAAGUACAACUUGAGCAAAGCGAACUUCGAGGAGCUGGAGCUGGUGGUGCUGCAGCUCAAACCGCACAAGGCGGGGGUCCAGUGGAAGUUCGCCGGCUCCUUCUACUUCGCCAUCACUGUGAUCACGACGAUCGGUUAUGGCCACGCGGCGCCCAGCACCGACUCAGGGAAAGUGUUCUGCAUGUUCUACGCCCUCCUGGGGAUCCCUCUCACCCUGGUCAUGUUCCAGAGCCUGGGCGAGCGCAUCAACACGUUUGUCAGGUACCUGCUGCACCAAGCCAAGAAGUGCCUGGGGAUGCGUCACACCGAGGUCUCCAUGGCCAACAUGGUGACCGUGGGCUUCUUCUCCUGCAUGAGCACUCUGUGCGUGGGGGCUGUGGCCUUCUCCCACUGUGAGGGAUGGAGCUUCCUCCACGCGUACUACUACUGCUUCAUCACGCUCACUACCAUCGGCUUCGGGGACUACGUGGCGCUGCAGAGGGACGACGCGCUGCAGAACGACCCGCGCUACGUGGCCUUCUGCUUUGUUUACAUCCUGAUGGGCCUGACGGUGAUCGGGGCGUUCCUGAACCUGGUGGUGCUCCGCUUCCUCACCAUGAACACUGAGGACGAGCGGAGGGACGCCAAGCAGAAGGCCCUGAUGUCCGUCUGCAAGACCCGAGGCGAGGUGGCUCGUCUUAUUCCGCUCUCAGCCUCAACGUCCUCCACUCCCGUAGCAAACGACAGCUCAAGGGCUAAAGAUCUCAAAGGUGCCUACACCGAGGUGCUUCACUUCCAGACUAUAUGCUCCUGCCUGUGGUACCGGAGCCAGGAGAAGCUGCAGGGCUCAAUACCCACCAUGAUCCCUCAGGAGCUGACCUUCUCCGAUGCCUACUUGCAACAGAUCAACAACUGCUCUCCCUACAUGGAGUCUGGAUCAACCGGCUGCGUCUGCGGUCCACGUCAGUGCACGAGCAUAAGCUCCUCCACAGCAGGGCUGCGCUUCUUCUCCCCGUUCAGGGUGUUCAAGAGACGCAGCUCCGUCUAGCCUUUCUCUCCCUGCAGCAGAUUUCAGUUUGGCACGAUACGUCUUCACUGUCAAGCGGACAACGGAUACUUGAACAGUCCUCACAGCAAAGACACGACUGCAAGUAGAUGUUGGUGGUGCUAUAAUCCCAGUAAACCAACAGUAGGAGGCAGAAAAGGGAAAACGCUGUUGACAUGCAGCACUGUCAACAGCCAAAUCUUAAUCAAAUAUGUGUUUAAGGAAGAGCAGCUGCUGGUGUUUUGACUUCAGGUGUUUCAGGGAAGUGCACAGUGCUUUGAGGAGCCAUGUAGGCGUGAACAUGUGUGUCACAUGAACACAUGAACACAUGAACACAUGAACGUGGUCCAGGACAUGUGAAGUGACGUGCUCACGGUUUGUAGGUGAAAGCAGAUAAGGAGCUGAAGGAGCAGAUUGAGCGAAGGCACAAAAACUAAAUAUCUGAAACAUCUCUCUGCUGGAAAUCCCAUUUUUAUGUUUCUGUUACUGUUCACUCACUUUAGAAUACAUUUUUAGUAAUUUGGGAAUACGUCUUGAUGCUUUUCUUUAUUAACUUCUCCUCACAGUGAAAUCCAUUCUGACUUUCUAGCCUCAUAAUUCCUUAAAACUUGAUUUAAACAAACCGUGACUGUCCGAACCUUUUCAGAACUGACACACACACUCAUAACUUCACAUGACUCACACGUGCAGGUGCCUCUGUUAUUGUGUCAUCGUGUGUCAGUGCUCUCGGCCUGAAACGCUGCAGAAUUAUGUAACGUCACAAGUGGAAAAGUUUGACUAAAUGGUAAAAAUGGUAAAACUGCAUCAACGGCAAAGACCAGUGAUCACAAGUAGACACUCACCAACACUGACGCCUCUUAACAUUUAUUCAGCAGUGGCAGAAAAAACACAGAAAAGCUCAAAUUAUCACUUAUAGUUAAAUAUUACAUAACAUACACAACAGAUGUUCUAAUAUCCAGGUUCCUGUUUGGGUUUUGACUCUUUCUCCUAUUAUUUCUCCGCUGCUCUUUUCGACCUGAACAUCUGCGAAGCUUCACAGAACUCAUCCACCAUCAAACAGAAUCACCUCUGGAUCAAACAGAGGAUGCAAACUAUUUUUAGAAGCCGUCUGCGGUGACAGAUGGGAGAGACAGGGGUGUUUUCUGUGUUUGGACGAUGGAUGAGGAGCCGGUUGUCAGUCGCAGACAAAUAUGCCACAAUAGACCAAGUCUGUGUGACGGACGCAAAAGUUCAAAUCCACCCUCAGACACUAUUUCUCGUAUUUCUGGGACUAUUUUAGUGUUCGGCCUGUUUUUUUUCAGUGUAGGCGACAAGAUGUGAAGUUUUUUUCUGGCAGCUACAGCAGAAGCUUUCAUCCCCAAAGAUGUUUGAUUGGUUUAAACCCUGCACAGAAAAUGGCAGUUUGGGGAAAAUCAAAUCAGAAAUGAGCAAUACCUUUUGAUUAUUUAUUAAUAUAUAUAAUAUGUCAUAUGCCAUAAAAUGUUAGUGACAAGUAUUUUUUUUUAUAAUAUCUGACUCCCUGUUGUGUCAAUGAGAAAGCAUCAUAUUUAUUUCCCAGUUUUCCUGUUAAUUGAUGAGCUGAUUUAUUUAUACACAUUAUCAUCCAUCAGAUAAUGAAAUAACGAAACAAUAUUUACACGACUGAGUAGAAGAUUUACUCUAUCAUCAGCAAACAUAUUCCUAGGACAUCUAUUUGGACUUAUGAAAGGCAUGCUGGGAAUGUAGGAAAUAAGUGCAGAUAGAAGAGGUGUUAUGAACAAAACAGUAUAGAAACACUAUGAGUAAAAUUCCUGCUUUCAAAAUCGUUACUUUAGUAAUAAUACAGGGAAACAGCAAAAUAUACUUGAAGUAUCAAUAAUAAAAUUAUCCAAUAAUCCUCUGUGUGACGGAUUUAAUUGUUUGAAUAUUACAGAAAGUGUUUCAUAAUUUUUCCCUCCGAAAUGAUUAUUUCACAAAAAUGUAAAAGAAAGUGAAAAAAAAGGUUCAAUAAACCAACAUCAAUGAAAACAUAGGUAGAGGUAAUAAAUGGAACAUCACAGAUUGGUGAUUUUCUGAACGUCUGCAGGGGGAUUUUCUAUUUCCUGUUCAUUGUAUUUCUCCUGUGGGUUGAGAUCCCACCUGCGUGAUUCACUGUACGACAACAUGAUCUCCUUUGUUUUCAUGAGGAACUGAGGCCGGCACUUCAUGGAACACUUGAGUUGCACACGUGAAAAAGAGGAAAAAAUCAUGAUUGUAUCUGUGUAAUUUUGAUUUGCUUUUAAAAAAACAAUGACCCAGAAGACAAGUGUACAUUUAUACAAGUACUGUAUCCUGUUGCACCAACAGGUUUUCCCUGUGUGCUUGGAAAAUAAAAACAUUU